AUAUCCAAACAGAAAUCAACACACACACACACACACACAGUUCUCAAAUGCCCUCUCUUUCUACAUAUACUAUCACACCUCUCUCUCUUUAGUCCACCCCUCCUUUCUCUUCUCUGAGCUAGAUUCCUUAUAUAGUGUUUGGGUUUCAUUUUCCUGGAAAAUAUAUUGCUUUCUCCAAAUACAAGUGCUUCUAGUACUGUCAUCAAGGGAGGAAUCUUAUUUCCAUCCUGUUAAUUUUCUUGCAUUUUCCUUCCAACUUUCCCGGAAAAUUAUGGAGGAUAAAAAGUUAGAGCUGAGACUUGGCCCUCCAGGAGGAGAUCAGGACAAUGCUCUUCUCUCUCUUGGUUACACUUCUUCCAUGUACAACAACAACAAUAUCAAUUCAUGUGGAACCAAAAGAGGUUUAGUAGGAGAGAGAAAUUGGUUGAUUAACAGUAAUUCUACUGUUAAUGCAAAUUCAGCUGUGCCCAAUUGCUCAGAGAAAAGAAUCGCGGUAGCUCCGGUUGUGGGGUGGCCUCCAAUUCGCUCCUUUCGGAAGAAUCUUGGAGCCAGCAGCUCUCCGAAAGCAGCACCAGAGUCACCAAAUGGUGUGCCAAAGGAUGGAAAAUCUGAAAAUCUCAAAAACAGUUUGUUUAUGAAGAUCAAUAUGGAUGGAGUUCCAAUUGGAAGAAAAGUUGAUCUCAAAGCCUAUGAAAACUAUGAACAACUCUCCUCAGCUGUAGAUGAGCUCUUCAGAGGUCUUCUUGCAGCUCAAAGUGAUUCCUCUCCCUCUUCAAGGGAAAACGAGAGGGAGGAAACGAAAGCAAUCACCGGAUUAUUGGACGGAAAUGGAGAUUAUACUCUUGUUUAUGAGGAUAGUGAGGGAGACAGGAUGCUUGUUGGUGAUGUCCCAUGGCACAUGUUUGUAUCUACAGCGAAGAGGCUGCGCGUUUUGAAGACAUCUGAACUCUCCACUCUACAUCUGAGCUGCAAAAGGUGUUGAUUGAUCCUGCAUGAGAUGACAAGAAGAAGAAGAUUCAAAAAGAAAUUUCCAUUGUCCAAAGACCUGGCUUAAGAUUCCUAUUAUUAGUGUACUGACUGUGAGAGAAGAGAAUGUAAUUUGCAAUUAACAUUUUUUCUUUUUGUAAAAAAAAAUAAAACAAUAAAUCUUUGGGUAUUGAUAGUUUGCUUCUAUUGUAAUAUUGUCUCUCUUAUAUUGUAAUAUAUGGAAUCCUCUUUAGGUUUUAAUUUCUCUUGAUU